UUCGUGAGCAGAGAAAGCGCGUCUUCCAAUCUCUCACAUACAAAGCAAAUUUGUAAACAGUAUUAUCUUGUGCUAAAAGUUUGAAAACUGUUUUUAAGGAUCAUUUUAGCUUGAUUUUUGAAUGUGAUUCGUUAUUAAUAGUUGUGAAAGUAAUAAAAUAAGAAAUGGACAGAUCUAAUAAAAACAAGGAAAACAAAUCCUUCUGUAAACAUAAAUCAAUCAGCAGCUAUUUUAAGGUAUCAAAACGAUUAUUCGAACCAAAUAAGCUUGAGUGCACUUCACCAUCAUCUAAUUUAAUUCAACCAUCUUCUCCAGCAUGGGCACAAGAUGAUAGUCCUUAUUUAUACGAAAUUCGAAAAAAACAUUUAGCUUCGAAAUGUUCUGCUGAGGCGAUGUCAACUCCUUCAAGCAGUGCCCUUGACGAAACUCCUCUUAAAAGAUCUGGUAGCUCAACAAAAUUGAGAACUUGUCUUUCUACCAGUAUUAUGGAGAUCAGCAGUCAGGUUAUUAUGGAGAGUCCCAAAAGUGCUGUAAUGAAAAUAGUUGAACAAGUUAUGGAUAUUGAAGAGGAAGGAACAUUAUCUGGAGACUUUUCUCAGAAAUGUAUUUUACCUGUUAUAAAGGGAAGACAUCCUGAACUGAACACCAUAACAGCUGAAACGGUUGCAUGGUUAUUGGUUGCCAAUCAUAAUUUUGAUGUCACCAUUAUUGACUGCAGAUAUCCUUAUGAAUUUAAUGCUGGUCAUAUUAAGAAUGCCAUUAAUUUGUUUUCUCAAGAAAAUGUGGAUGAAGACUUUUUCAACUCUGAUGUUACUAAAUUGUAUGAUGGUAAAAGGAUGAAAAGUGAGAGAUUGUUAAUCUUCUAUUGUGAAUUCUCCUCUGAACGAGCUCCAAACAUGAUGCGCUUCAUACGAAACAGAGACCGAUUUUUGAAUGAUGGCCUUUAUCCAUUUGUGUAUUAUCCUGAAAUGUAUCUCCUUGAUGGAGGGUAUAAAUCUUUUUAUGCCAGUUUCAAGGAACUUUGUGAACCUCAAAAUUACAAACCAAUGUUGGCCAAAGAAAAUGCUAGGGAUUUAGUUUAUUACAAAAGUCUCUGUAAGAGCUGGAAUUUCAAGCAGCAGAAGGAAGACAAAUGGUAAACUGAAAAGAAACUUAAUAUUGGAUGGAAGUGUGUUACUAUGCAUGAGUAGUUUUUCUGAGGACUGAACAUCCUAGUUAUUUUGUGAACUCAUUAUCACCAUGCUGUUCCAUUUGAAGUUAGUCAUUACUUUAUCAUAGUCAUACAUUGCAUUUAUGAAAAUGCUGGAUGAUGUUCUACUUGAAAAGGAAAGGUAUCAGGAGAUUGCAAAUUAUUUUGACUUAUGAAGCACUUUUGCUCCGUUAAUAUUUUAUACUGUUAUUGUGUUCUGUAAAUAUGAUGACUUGACUCAAAACUCAAACAUACAAGACUAUAAUUUACAAUAAGACGAAAUGUUACUUUCUGAGCAUUUGAAAUCCAUUUAUAUAUAUAUUUUUAAUUAUAGCUUAAGAUGUUCUUUUUAAAUGUGAAAUUGAAGAAAUGGAACUAAUCUCAAAAGUUGCCACUUGAAGCCUUUUAGAAAUUGUUGAAUAUUUCUGCUCAAUUCACAUUUAUUUCUCAAGAAAUCAGUAGAUUGUAGUUAACAAAUUCAAGAAAAUUAGUCUUAAUUUGUCUCAUGUAAAUCAGUUGAUUGCAAUUAGAAAAUUCAAGAAAAUUUAUCUUAAUUUGUAACAUGCAAUUGAAGUUAGAGAAUCAUUUCUAGUUUAAGCAAGGAUGUGUUAUAAUUUUGUACUAGUCUAGCAAAUUUAUUUGAAAUGUAUGUCUGUCAUCCGUAUUAAUGUCUAUUAGCUUUGAUAUUGUUAUUUUUCUUUGUAUAUCAUCUUCUUAGGUACCUCUUUUAUAUUAGUUAUGUAAAAAAUUCUUAAACGAAGUCUGAAGCUAACUUAAUAAUAUUAAAUGAUGAUAAU